AUGGGUAGGAGGGAAAUUCUUCACGGUACAAGAUUUCCAGUGCAGGGAAAGAAAGAGCAGAAGGAGGUCGUCUCUCCCGGCACCGCCUGUUUGAGCCGCAACGGCAUUGAGGGCCCACUUCCGGCCCGCAUGCUAAGCAGGCAGUUUCCAGUUCCGUUCUCCAGGUCGGAACGCCGAGGCGAGGACGGCGAUAUCAUCGGGUGGGCUCCACGACUGCUGACCGUGACGAAGAAAACUUACGGUAGGAUAUGGCCGACUUUUAUCUCCGCCCCGACGGAGAUCGAGCUGCGACGUCGCGAGUUUGUCUUACUCGGAUCCGACUCCGAGCGCCGCAUGCAGAGUCAUACCCCAGCUAUCGGCGGCGAUGCAAUCGACGACGAGAAGGUACACAAUACCUCGGGGAGCAGUGUGUCCACCACCACGGUGAGCUCCACAAGUCUCCACAACCUCGAUGCGGUAGCUGUGACAGACAACAACAAAGGCGCAAGUCAGACCCAAGGAAAUGGAAUCGCCAGGCCACACUCAAAUCACACUGCAGACAAUGUCGACGCAGCUGCGGCACAGGUCGCGACACCCAGCGCCGAUGCGCCACCAGCUUCGGAACAGAGUGCCAGUGGCGCAAGAUCGCCCGAGGACCAGCGCACAGCCCUUCAGACGGCGCUCAUCAUGAUCUCACUCUGCUCAGGAGUUUUCCUGGCCGCCCUGGAUGUGACGAUCGUCACCGUAGCCGUCCCGAGGAUAUCUUCUGACUUCCACUCCACCGCGGGCUACACAUGGAUUGGAUCAGCUUACUUGCUCGCGAACGCCGCCGCGGCGCCCAGCUGGGGCAAGAUAUCUGAUAUCUGGGGUCGCAAACCUGUGCUGUUAACCGCCGUGGGUGUCUUCUGGGUCGGUUCGCUGCUGGCAGGUGUUAGUGUCAACAUGGGAAUGCUCAUAGUCGGUCGGGCGGUGCAAGGUGUCGGCGGCGGCGGCAUCCUCAUCUUGGUCAAUAUCUGCAUCAGCGACUUGUUUUCUAUGAGAAGAAGAGGGCUGUACUUGGGAAUCAUCAGCUUAGUAUGGGCUCUGGCUGGUGGCUUCGGGCCGGUGCUUGGCGGCGUCUUCACGCAGAAGACCACCUGGCGGUGGUGCUUCUACAUCAACCUGCCGAUCUCAGGGUGUGCCAUGAUCAUCCUGUUCUUCAGCCUGCACCUGCAUAACCCGCGCACGGGCGUAAGGGAGGGUCUCGCGGCUAUCGACUGGCUUGGAUCGCUCGCUAUUGUCGGUGGCACUCUCAUGAUUCUCCUCGGCCUCGAGUUUGGUGGCGUCACGUUCCCGUGGGACUCUCCAACCGUCAUCUGCCUGAUCGUGUUCGGCGCUGUACUCGUCGGCAUAUUCUUCGUCAUUGAGCUCAAGAUUGCCAAAUUCCCAGUCAUCCCGCUCCGCAUCUUCAAGCACCCUUCGAACCUUGCCGUCGUCGGCCUCAGCGCCUGCCAUGGCUUCGUUUUUAUCUCAGCGAGUUACUACCUGCCGCUGUAUUUCCAGGGUGUCCUCGGCGCAGACCCACUGUUGUCUGGUGUCUAUGUGCUGCCCUUCACAUUCGUCCUGGGUGUGGCAGCAGCAGUGACAGGUUUUCUUAUUAAGAAAACCGGAAAGUAUGUUCCCGCCAUCAUCUUUGGCUUCUUCUUCAUGACGCUCGGUUACGGCCUGUUUAUCAAUCUCGACCCAUAUGAGAAUUGGGCCAAGAUUGUCAUUUACCAGAUCAUCCUCGGUCUCGGCGUGGGCCCCAACUUCCAGUCCCCCCUCAUCGCGCUGCAGACCACGGUCCAGCCGAGAGACAUAGCAAGCGCAACGGCAACCUAUGGAUUCGUCCGACAGGUCUCGACAUCAAUGUCCGUGGUGAUAGGAGGCGUCAUCUUCCAGAACGAGAUGCAGAAGCAGUACCCUACCCUGCUCAGCCAACUAGGACCAGACAUUGCGGGCUUGCUCAGCGGAUCCAAUGCGGCGUCGAGCGUUGAGGCGGUAGCGGCCCUCCCACAGCCCCAGAAAGGCAUCGCCCAGAAGGCCUACUUCAACGCCAUCCGGAUAAUGUUCAUCUUCUACGUAGCCUUUGCGGGGCUGGGCCUGGUCAUCAGCUUCUUUGUGGGGAGCCGCAAGUUGACUAAUGAGCACACCGAGCAUAAGACCGGGCUACACUCGCUGCAGCCUGUGCGGAACCAAGUCGGGGACGAGGAGAAGAGAGCCGGUGAACCUGGAGCUGCAGGCGGCGUGACAAGGGAGACCAGGGCGGGCGAGAACGGAACCCAGGAGGCUGCUGGCGAUUCCCGAGAGACACGGUCAUGA